CCUACACACACACAAAGAGAGGGAGAGAGAGCAUCAUAUUAAGACACCAACUUAAGUGGUGCAUGUAUUGAUGAACAGUGGUGGAGGCAAGCAGAAGAGAAGGUGGCUUUCUCUCCUCUCACCUGGGCCCCGAGGAAGACUAAACUGUAACUGUUCCACAUCUUAGUACUUGGAUCUGAUGUUAAAAAAUUCUUCCCAAUAGACACAAGCUGGAUAACACAUCUGGAAGGAGAGAGGUGAGAGAGUGUGAGCAUCACGUGCUUUGGAUAAUGUUGACUUACCCGAAGCAGCAAGCAGUCUGUGAUCUAGACCACUUUAGGAAAGAAGUGGAUUCUGCUGUGCUCUCUGGGUGAAUAAAAACAACAAUGGUUCCUGCAGAGCUUCAAAUCAGAGGAAAUCCAAUACUUGGCGAUGUUGGAUCUUGACUUGGCAUACAAACUGUGAACUAUGGAGAAAGCUGGGCCAGGAUUCCUGACCAAUCACACAACUCCAAAUGAUACAUCUAGCCAAUGGAGACCCACAAAGCCUACCCCACCAAGCAUGGAGGAAGUCAUCCACUCCGAUUCCCAAAUUAAACAUCUAGUGGGCUUAUUCGGCAUGGUGACCCUUAACCUUGCAGCCCUGCUUGGCAACACUGGAGUUAUUUUGGCCAUUGCCCGAGCUCCACACACAAAGAAAUAUGCAUUUGUAUGCCAUCUUUGUGCAGUGGAUUUGCUUUGUGCUAUAUUACUGAUGCCUCUCGGAAUAGUAUCGAGCUCUCCGUUCUUCAGUACUGUGACAUUUACGGUCCUGGAGUGCCAAGUCUACAUCUUUCUCAACGUGUUUCUGGUCUGUGCCUCUAUUCUUACUGUAACUGCCAUUAGUGUGGAACGCUACUAUUACAUAGUUCAUCCUAUGCGCUAUGAGGUAAAGAUGACAAUACACCUGGCUGUUGGAGUUAUGGUAUUAAUUUGGGUGAAAUCUUUGCUUUUGGCGCUUGUUACCUUACUGGGUUGGCCAGCCUAUGGAAAUCAAAGCUCCAUUGCAGCUACCCAUUGCUCUCUGCACUGGAGUCAUAGUCGUCUCAGGAAAGCCUUUGCCAUUCUUUUCAGUAUGGUGUGUUUUCUAGUUCCUGCAGUCGUGAUUUUUGCUGUAUACUGUAGCGUCUACAAGGUGGCACGCUCAGCCGCAAGACAGCACGUACCCAUGGCCCCCUGGCCCCCUAACCCUGCUAAGUGUCGCUCAGAUUCCAUUAACAGUCAGACUACCAUCAUCACUACUACACGGAGUCUGCCUCAGAGACUGUCCCCUGAGAGGGUAUUUGGAGGAGGAAAGGCUGCUCUCACACUUGUAGUUAUUGUAGGGCAGUUCCUGCUGUGCUGGCUUCCAUACUUCAGUUUCCACCUUCACAUGUCCAUCACAGCACCACUCCAGAGUCCAGGAGACAUUGAGGAGAUAAUCACCUGGUUGGCGUACUCCUCAUUUGCAGUGAACCCAUUUUUCUAUGGAUUGCUCAACAGGCAGAUUCGAGAGGAACUCAUAAAGCUGAGGAAGUGCUGUGCAUCCAACAGGCCUGUGGAAUUUGGAGGCUCUAGUCAUGAAGGUUCCAUCCAGGAGAACUUCCUGCAGUUCUUGCAGAGGACCAGCAUCAAGACUGAGCCCACCAGGUCCAGCUGUGCCAACUCCAGCCCUAGAAAUACCCUGGACCAUGGUGUCAGGAUACCUGGACAGAUCCCAGAGGAGUGACUAAGUCUCUGAACAUGUGCAUUUUCUCAUAUCAUAUCAUGGUAUAAAAAGUGGGACAUCUGGUAUGUUUGUGUUGUACUAGAUGAGUGUUACAUUUAAACUAAACUAAAUUUAACUAAGCCAUAUUAAUGCUGAUGGAUAUAAUUAUCAGCCCAUAUAAUGGUACCAUUUUGUUGUGCAAUGGAUGUGGUAAUAGGGAUGUCUGAAGUGGAGUCAUUUAAAUUUAUUAGAAUUCAUUCAUUUAUUUAUUUUUAUUUAGAAUCUCGGGCACUUUAUGAUCAUCACCUAUACUUUGAAUCUAAAGGCAAUAACAAUAAUUCAGUAUUCAAGUCAACAGUUUUUAGAUAAUAACAUAGCUUACAAGACAUUUUUUAAAAAGAAAUGAACAAUAUAAAUCUAAAUGAGAAAUUGUGUUUUCAUAUUAUUUUCAUAAUAGGGUGACAUUAACAGAAUAGACAUCAGUCUUCCAGUAAAGCUAAGGAGGCUCCUGUAUAGCUUGCUAAUUCCAUCUGCACAUCACCAUGGAAAUGUGGUGAGUCUUGCAUAGCAACAGGCACUUUUGAGCUCAGGUCUGCCUGCAAAUUGUAUAAAAUAGUGUCCUGUAUUAGCUUUUCAGCCAAGCUAAGCAGCAAUAAUGCAUUACGUGCAACUCACCAUUAUUACCACUAUUGCACAUUCACUUUAUUGUACCUGGGUACGGAAAAGCAGCUUUUGCUAUUUCUAUCUAAAUGCAUUUAUUACACAGAAACACAGAGCCAUGCUGGUCUGAAGCACUAAAAAUCAUUACCACGGAACAAAAGUGCUCAGGCAGAGAUAACAGUGUGAGUUUUAUGGGCUUUUUGCUGUUUGUGUAGGACCAUUACAAACAAAGAGCAAAAAUCAGGAGCAGGCUGGUUUGUUCACAGCAAACAGGAACAAAACCUGGGGUUACAUGUAGCUACAAGUGUGUAAUGCAUAAUAAUGGUGCAGUAUACUAUAUGAGUGGUGUGAUGUGUGAGCAAAUGAAUGGUUGCAUGAUGCAUGUAAAGAUACACACUCUCACACAUGCAAAACAUUUUUCCAAAAGUUUUGUUUUAUUGUUUUUUGUUUUUUUAAUUUAUCAUAUACCUAGUUUUACACUAUUUUUAAUUGAUGACCAUUGUGUUAGAAAUGACUAUUUCUAAAUCUUCAUUAGACAUUCACUAGAUAGUGACCUUACCUGCAACUUCAACCAAUGAGCCAACCAUCAGGGCUGACCAAGGCAGAGAAAAGUGACAGGAUGAGAGAGCAAGUGAACAAGAGACCGAUGCACAAGUGAUGAUUAGGGAUUUAUAAACUUGAGUGUCUCUGUCUUGAUCAAAACAAGGCCAGAACAAAACAAAAUCUGAAAGGAUUUAGAGAUGCUGAGGUAAAGAUUAAAGGGAAAUGAUUAAAGAGGGGUGGGGAGGGGACGGCACCCAACAGCCCUUUGUUUCUCUUUGAAUGUUGGAUGGAGGGAGAAUGAGUGGCAGUAAUCUGUGUUAGUGUGCUCAUAGACCUCAUGCAUCUAGUGCCUAUGUAUAUAGCAAGCAAAAAUAAUUUCGUUUUGAACCUUACAAAUAAAAAUAAAAUAAAAUAAUAGUGCAUUAAUGAGGGCAGGGCAAAUACCUAGGUGGCCUGUAAGUGACUAGAGUAUCACACAAUGGACUUGCACAUUGACAGCACAAAAAAUGAUUACACAGAUGUGUACUUUAGUUGCAGCAAUGCAUGAAGUAGUAAUUAAAUCUAUCUAUCUAUCUAUCUAUCUAUCUAUCUAUCUAUCUAUCUAUCUAUCUAUCUAUCUAUCUAUCUAUCUAUCUAUCUAUCUAUCUAUCUAUCUAUGUUACAUUUAAGCAACACUUAGGACAAUUAGAACAAGCAGAGAGAUGGGGUAAGGACUGAAAUCAGUGCUGUUCAAAGUGGUGCACAAGAGCAGGGAGACAGCGUAGGAAGAUUGUAGAUGAAAGAGUGGUGGAGGAGUAUGGAGGCCAGGAAGAAACAAUGAGGUGUAUCUGUUCAAGUACUUAACGCAUUAAGAAAAGAAAAAGCUGGAACCGAGUCAUAUUCAGUGUGUGUUACUGAGGCAUUAGACAGGUUAGAAUGUUACCAAAUGUUGCCUGUAUUGUGGGUGACAUUAAUAAUGUUAAAACUGUAAAUGUAAACCAUAAAAAUGAUCCACAUUAAGAAACAUUUGUUUCAGGUAGAAGACGUUAUUUUAACUACUGUACUCAUUUUCAGAAAAUACCCCUAAUAUGAAUUACCUAAUGUAAUUUUCUCCUCCCUUUUUUUAACCAUACAACAAUAACAUCUAGGGUGUGUCUCAAUUUUUAAUGUUUUCGAUGGUACCACGAAUAAAGAAUUUUAAAGUAUUUUACAUAUAGAAAUUGAUUCAUCAUUUCUUUUAGUACAUGUGAAAAGCUAAUUAGUUUCGAUUAAUGUAGCAGUCCCUGCUUCAGCCCAUGCUGUCUACCUGCAGCAGAUCUUUCCUGGAAAAAACUUGUCUAUUGUCCCAACAAUCUUGAAGUAUUUUACAAAAUACAUCCUCUACUGCACUGACAUCCGCAUCUGGCACUGGUUUAUAACGGCAUACUAUAGAACACUAUCUUAAUGGGUCCAAAGGUUGGAGAAUAAGGGGAAAUUCUGUGAGCUAGUGCAUAUAAGGAAGACUGCGUCACUGAGAAUUGUGAUUUUCCAUGAGUUGCAGUAAAUAAAUGUUGAACUAAGCGCUUCACUAAAGCCUAUACUUUACAAGGGGCCUUACAAUGUUAGACAAGCACAGCUACUGUAUACCACAAACACUUUUUACUUUUACAGAUGUCUUAAUUGCUUCACUGUUGUGAACUAAAAUGCAACUUGAAAUGCAAAUUCAUUAAUACAGUUCUAUGCAUUUAAAAAGUCAAUUAUUUAAUGCAUUUUCUUGCAUUUGUUUAUCAUCAUCAUAAUACUGCCUUUUUUAAAUUGGGCAUUAGUUAGCAAUGCCAUUGAUUACCAGAUUCAUUAGUAAUUGUCUUUCUGGUUAGGCAGAAUUAGUGUUGGUGAGCAAGACAUUUCUUUAAACAAUUAAGCAGAUUUCUUUAUGUUAAUGAUACAAAAUGAAUCAAAGUGAUUAUUUGUGUCACUUUUGUUGUAUAACAAUUAUUAAUGUGUCUCGUAUCAUCAUAUGGCCUGAAUAUACCCUUGUGUACAGGACUGCUGGACAGUUCCCUGCCAGAACACCAGAGGAUGGUCUCGCAGGGGUUUGCUUACGUUAUUGUUAUUCUCCCAUGUGCUUCUGUUUAUGUUUUGUGUUUGAAACCCCCUGACUCCACAGCGCACAUACCUAUCCCUUAUGUCUCACAAAUUACUUUCCCUAUAUAUACCUGCUGUAUUGUGCUUGUUUUUUUUUGGCUGAGUACUUGUCUCUUUUUUUUAUCUGGUUUUCGCCUGGCUUCUGCUGUUUGUUUUCUGCUGCUUAUUUUCUGCUUUGUGAUGUUAUUUCAGUUGCCUACUUUUCCCUAGUGUUUCCAUGUGUCUGUAGUUUUGUUAUUUUCUUAACAAAUCCCCAGUUUGUCAUUUUAUCCCUGCACUUGGGGCUGGGUUUUUUACCCAUGGAGGCACCCAAUUUCUGAGACUCUGAUCACAUUUUUACUGAAACAAAAUUAGGAGUUGCUAGUUUAAAUUUGUUUGAGUAUGCCUUUUAAUGCUCAAUAAUACGUGUCUGCUUUGAGUGCCUUGACACUAAAGAAAAUGCACUUGCAUCCCCUGAGGAGAUGCUUAACAGUUACAGGAUAUAACAAAUAGCAGUUAUGUAUAUUGUUGAUAAAUAUGUAUGUGUGUUGGUAAAUAUGCUAAUCACUAUCAACCCAUUAUGUAUGUCUUGUUUGAGGUCAUUAAAAAAAGUGUUAACACAUGUCACAUUGGUACAGUGGAAGUGGUCCAGGCUUUAAGGGCAAGUUCACAAAAACUUACCAAUCAUCAAAAGAAAUGCUAUACAGAAAUAUGUAAUAGAGAUAUGUCACCAGAUUUAAAAAUAUGCCCUUGACAGUGGGCUGGUUGACCCUUCUGCAGUUAACAUAUUGGAAAUCAAUCAAAUCAGAUCAGUGACUACUGAACACUUUGUCCAGACAUGGUAUUGUUUACAGUUUCAUCAUCGACAACCACCACACAAAGAGGUGCAAGACCAAAACCAAUAGGCUUUAUUGACUGCUGAAGUCUAGUCACUGCUAGAGAAACAGUAGAGAUUGUACAUGAGUCAGAUUGCCUUUGGAGUUACAUAUUUGAUUUUUACUGAUAUUUACUAAUUCCAAAAAAGGAUGUGUAACCUAAAGUCCACUGGGUGAAUUGAAGGCAGACCAAAAUGUGCUUUCUUUUCAAAAAACCUUUGACUUGCACUAUGGCCAAUUAAAAAAAAAAAAUGCCCUGAGGAGUGUCAUUGGAGAAUGUUUGUAAAUGUUAUGUUAUCACACUUGGGUGUUCUGUGGUGAAUUUGAAGGACUUUUGCCCAGGAUCUGUAUCUGACCCUGAAUAAUUCAUAUCCUCAAUAAUAAACAGCAUUGGUACUUUAAAUGAUUCUCUUCCUCAGUAGAGUAUCAUC